GGAAAGAGGCAGUGAUGCUGGCUGUGACCCGAAGACAGCGAGGAAGAGGAGAGGAGAGGAAGAGGAGGGACAGCCAGUGUUAGUAGUUAAAACGCGUCAUUUAUGGCAUUUAUAGGUUAUUAUGGGAAGCUGGGAAAGUGCCGAACCUCGGUGGUUCCGAUGCCAGAACCCAGGGAGGAUGGAGAAAAGAGCAGGCGGAGGAAGCACAGACCAUGGAAAUGAAAGUUUAUUUAUGUGAGCCUGGAAAGGUUCAGGAAGGAGUUCUGGAGGUUCUGGUAGUUUCUGGAUGCAGAAAGCUGCUGACGUCAGAGAUGAGGAAGAGGUUCGGUUGGUUGGAGCAGCUGACAGGUUGACGUUUCUCUGGGAAAUACGGUGUUGGUGUCACAUGACAGCAGGCGACCAAUCAGACAGCAGCAGAGGCGGCGGCGAUGUCGUGGGUGGAGCAGCGGUUCACUGACAUCAGCCCUGUGACGCUGCAGGUGGGGGGCGGAGCCAUGAGCUCCAGCCUGUACUGCCAGGAGGUGGAGGGCCUGGCCCAGGUGGAGUCCUUCCUGGUGGAGCUUUAUCGCUGCAGGAUCUGCCAGUUCACCUGCGGCCUGAAGACCGCCAUCAGCAGCCACCUGCUGCUGCAGCACCACCCCCCCGCCCUCACCUGCCUGGCUGGACCCCACGGCGCAGAGGUGGGCCCGGGGGAGGCGGAGCUACAGCAGAUGGAGGCGCCAUACCAGCUGGACCUGAACGGAGACUCCAAGCAGAGCGAAGAAGACGAGGAGUUCCUGCUCUACAACAUGCUGGACACCAUGAGCCCCCCCACCUGUGACAUGAGCGCCGAGGAGGAGCUUCAGGUGGCACACACCUGUGAGGUCAGCACUCUCUUUGAGGAGGAGGAGUCCUCCGUCUUCCCUCUGAAAGCAAGCGCCGUGGACAUGUCCUCCUGUCCCAUCAGUCCCCCCUCCACCCAGGAGGAGAUGGACCAGUCCGCCCACCUCAUGACCCUCGGACUCUGUCGAAUCUCCACCGUUAAACCUCCUCCCGCCGCUCCUCCUGGCACCUCCUGCCUAAAGCGCAGGAGGACAGAGGCUCCGCCCCCCGGCCGCCUCCUGUGUCUCUUGUGUCCCGCAGCGCUGCCGUCCAGACGGCUGCUGGACGUCCACGUCCGCUCCCACAGAGCCGGCGGCGGCUUCAGCUGCAUCCGCUGCAGCUGGAGCGCUGACAGCUGGGAGGCGCUGGAGCCUCACUGGAGGAGCCGCUGCAGCAGGGGCAAGAGGAGGAAGAGGAGGAUGAGGAGGAGGGAGGAAGCAGAGCAGCAAGAGAAGAAGCGAAGGAGGCAGGAGCAUCAGGAGGAGAGGAGGAGCUAUCAGAGGAGCAGCAGGAGGUCCAGAGGCGCCCUCAGCACAUCUACAGACAGGUGGAGGGUCCAGCUGGUCAAACGAGCAGCAACAAAGAAGGCGGAGCUUCCUCACAGCAGUUCCCAAACAGCCAAUCAGAGAGCAGCGUGUGAUGUCAGCAGCUCUGUUUCCAGUCUGCCCAGCUCACUUCAGGCUGGUUCAUCACAGAUCGCCUCAGGAAUCAAGAACCGGGGGGACCAGGAGGCUGAGAGCAAGCAGACAGACCUCACCUGCUCGUUGUGCCACAGGACGUUCUCCUCUAAGUUGACACUCAAACGUCACCUGGGCGUCCACGGAGCGGAAAAACCGUUUUCCUGUCCUCACUGUUCCUACAGCAGCAGACUGAAGGCCUCACUAAUGCAACACCUAAGGACUCACACAGGUGAGAAACCGUUCAGGUGUUCCGAGUGUCCGUACGCAUCUAUUGAUCGCAGCUCGCUGCUGAGACACAGCAGAACUCACAGCCAGGAGAAACCGUACAGCUGUCAUCUCUGUAACUACAGCAGUAUCCAGAAGAAGAGUCUGGACCUGCACUCUCGCCGGCAUCACACAGGCGAGGUGUUUCCCUGCCAGCAGUGCGGCUACUCCAGCCCAGACCGCCAGCUGCUGCUGAAGCACAUCCGAAGACGCCACGCCCCCUCCCAGCUCACUGUGCUCUGAUUGGACAGUGAGCUGCUGCUGAUGUCACCUAGUGUGCUGGUCACAUGUCUACACCAUCUGCACAAAGCCUUUUCAUUUUUAUUUUGUAUGAACAUUAAAAUGUGAGAAAUAAAACAUAAUUUGAUGAACUGGAAA